AUGAUGGCACAUAUAGUUGAACGUGACGGUAUAGAACUUCGAUUAUCCGGUCAACCAUGUGAUGUUCCAAAAAAUGAUGUUGCUCGACUGAUGUACUAUUUUUCAUGUAUCUGCGAGUUAGUAGACUAUCAAGGUUCAUGCCCGAAUAUUGAACGUUAUUGUGAUUAUCGUUCCUAUCGUACUAUGACAGACGAUGAUAUAAGUGUUAUGCUAGGCUUAUGCCAUAGCUUUUUCGGUCCUGGCAAAUUCGAGCGUGCAAAAAUACUUAUAUGCAAUAGUAAACUAUGUAAACCAGGAUUUGCAAACUCAUUUUAUGAAAUUACACAAACAAAAACUGCAAUGGGAGUAGCAGUUAAACCAUCUGUCAUUAUAGCUGGUAAAAAUAAACUUGGUCUUGCUGAUAAAUGCACGAAAACGAUGCACAGGUAG